AUGAAUAAGCAAGUGUGUGAAAAGUUCGAGAAUCUAUGGGAUAAAUUUCCUGAUAAAUUGGACAGUAGUAAUAACUAUCAAUUUAAAACAGAAAAUUUCUUAGAUAGUUAUUGCGUUAGUGAUAGUUGUGAUACUGCUUUCGAAAAAAUUAAUGGUGGAUGUUUAUAUCUUUUUAAUAAAAUAUUUGGGAGUUCUGAAUUGUUUAAGUCUGUUGCAAAUAGUAACAUCAAUAUUGUUGAUUACAUUUUGAUAUGGUUAAGUUAUAUGUUAAACCUAAAGGAACAACAAGGAAAUGAUAGCAAUCUGCCAUUUUUUUAUAAUACAACUAUAAAUAAUGAUAGGUAUCAAAAGAUUAUAACUGACGUUACAGAGUAUAGCAAUUAUAAGGAUCUUAUAGAUCAAAAAAAAUAUUUUUUGGAUAUGGAUAAAAAAAUUAUAUCUAAUUUUUAUGAAGCAUUUAAAUUAUUAUGUGAAAUGUAUGCUGAAUUUGAUGAUAAAACACAAUAUUGCGCAAAAUGUUCGAAAAAUGCUAUUCAAUUUGUUAGUAAAUAUAAAGAAAUGAAUCAGAAUUCUGAUAUUACUAGUAAUGGUUCCUAUAAUGAACUAUUGUCUACUUUAUCAAAUGAUUAUAAUAAUUUUAAAGAAUAUUGUAAUAGUAAAGGUAAUAAAUGUAAAGACUAUCCAGACCUUCUAACGAUAGAAAAAAAUCAAAAUUUUGCACAAAAAAUUGCACAAAGUUCUGAAGAUACACCAUCAAGUUCGUCGAUAACAACCAGAUUAUUUACAGUUUUAUCGAUAUUUGGUGUAAUAGCAUUUUUUUUAGGAAUUUCUUAUAAGUAUUCGUUAUUUGGAUUUCGGAAACGAUUUCAAAAACAAAAAUUAAGAGAAAAAAUAAAAAAUAUAAAGAAGAAAAUGAAUCAAUAA